ACACAUUGCGACUCAAAGCCGUAUUCUGCUCUGUCCUCUGAACCUCCAUGUGAGAGUUAGAAGAGAGUUCCGGUGUAAAGCAGCGGCUUAGUAUACACUCUGAGGCCGAUAUCAUGCUGUUCCUGAUCGGUCUGGGUCUGGGAGACGCCCGGGACAUCACGGUGAAAGGUUUGGAAGCGCUGCGGAGCUGCAGCCGGGUGUAUCUGGAGGAGUACACAUCUGUCCUAAGCGGGGGGAAGGGAGCGCUGGAGAGUUUCUAUGGUAAAGAGUUGAUAGUUGCUGACAGGGAGCAGGUGGAACAACGAUCAGAGGAGAUUUUAAAGGACGCAGACAAGGAGGACGUUGGUUUUUUGGUGGUGGGUGACCCCUUUGGGGCCACGACCCACAGUGACCUGGUCCUCAGAGCUGUGAAUGCUGGGAUACCGUACAAAGUGAUCCACAACGCCUCCAUCCUGAACGCUGUGGGCUGCUGCGGACUGCAGUUGUAUAAUUUCGGUGAGACCGUGUCUUUGGUGUUCUGGACGGAGACGUGGAGACCUGAGAGCUUCUUUGACAAAAUCUGCAAAAACAGACAAAUGGGAUUACACACACUCUGUCUACUGGACAUUAAAGUGAAGGAACAGAGCGUGGAGAACAUGAUGAGAGGGAAAAAAAUCUAUGAACCUCCACGCUUCAUGACCGUCAGUCAGGCAGCAGAUCAGCUGGUCCAGAUCAUCAGAAGGAGGAGGGAGGACGAGCCGGGGGAGGAGCUAGGUGUGACCGAGGACACGGUGUGUGUAGGUGUUGCCCGACUUGGAGCGGACGAUCAGGAGAUCCGUGCGGCGACCUUGGGCCAGCUGGUGUCAUGUGACCUGGGUGCUCCACUCCACUCACUGGUGGUCACCGGUCGACUCCACCCACUGGAGGUGGAGAUGCUUCAAGUCAACGCUGAGACCAGCGCUCUGGAUCACCUGACCAUGGUUGACAGCUCCACCUACACUUCAUAACAAGAAAUACACACCCAAACACGCGCGUUAAUAUGACACUGGCGGACCAGCUCCAGCAGGGGGCGAAGCAAACACGGGGCAGUUCCAGGAACCUUGACAUCAGGACUCACAAGGUUUGGCACAGAACUGGGUAGAUUGGGUCCAGAAAGUUUGACUCCAGGGCCAGAAAAAACCAAUCCAGUUCAAGUGUGAAGUUUGAUGUGGACAGAAAAUAAAGUCGUGAACGUUCACUCGUUCAA